UUCACAAACUGUGCAUUCGAUAUGGCAUGUCUGACGUGCAGAGUGCAGUAUUUGAAUGAUAUCGACCCUUUCACAGCGACAACAAACUUUCCUGAGCCAGCGAGACCACCUCAUUAUUCAUUUAAUGUGAACAUCCCUCUGAUAAACCAGAUUACCGCAGUCCAUCGGAUAUUACAAGCCCCACAUAAGUUGGACGACUGUACCCUGCAGAUUUACAAAUAUAACAAUACCGAAGGGGAUUAUGGGAACUACUUAGAUUUAGAAUCAACGAUAGACGAACAGUCCGAAGAAUUUGAAGGAUUUUCAGAUAAUCGAAAGAAUGCUAUCAUACUGCGAACUCAGUUGUCGGUUCGUGUUCACGCUAUAAUAGAGAAACUGCUGAAUAGUUCAGGACGAGAACUUAGGCGAGCAUUAUUUUCCCUGAAGCAAAUUUUUCAAGAUGAUAAAGAUCUGGUACAUGAAUUUGUCCAGAAUGAUGGUUUGGCAUGUCUUAUCAAGGUGGGGUCUGAAGCAGACCAAAAUUAUCAAAACUAUAUUCUACGAGCUUUGGGCCAGGUGAUGCUAUAUGUAGAUGGUAUGAAUGGAGUUAUUGAACACAAUGAAACAAUUCAAUGGCUAUAUUCACUCAUCAGUUCUAAGUAUCGUCUUGUUGUCAAGACAGCUUUGAAACUGCUAUUAGUUUUUGUUGAAUACACUGAGAUGAACAGUCAACUUCUUCUAAAUGCUGUUACUACAGUGGACAUAGAUAAGAACACCAAAGCAUGGUCCAACAUUAUAAAUCUAUUGAAUGACAGAGAUUCGGCUGACAUGGAGCUUCUAGUUUUUGCUAUGACACUAAUAAAUAAGACUAUCAAUGGAAUUCCUGAUCAAGACACAUACUAUGAUGUUGUGGACUCUCUGGAAGAACAAGGGAUGGAGAGAAUUAUACAAUAUUACAUGUCUAAACAAGGCACAGAUCUAGACUUGCUGCAGCAGUUUCAAAUAUAUGAGGCUGUUCUGAGACAUGAAGAUGGAGAGUAUGAUGGUAAAAUGUUACCAGUUGAUCAUCGACUGAUUAGACAAGUUCCACGUAGUAGAAAAUCUUAUCCUGAUGACAAUGAUAGAAGAAAAAGUCGGAGACAUUCUGUAAGCAACUACCCAUCUGCUCCUCAGCAUAAAUCCCAAAGUCCUUCCAUCCCUAAAACUACAGAAGAGCCAUUCAGCCAGUGGAGGAGAAGGGAACAAAAUGAAAAUGCAGAGUCAAUGAAAAAACAGGACACAAACCAAGGGUCAUUGCAGUUAAAUGGUACAUGUUAUCCCAAUAAACCAGAUGUAAAUGGGAUAACUCCUGCUUUAAGAAGACGUAGAGAACGAGAUGCCCGUAAUCGGUCCCUCAUCAAAGAACAGGAAGAAAAUGGGAAGGGAGUUGUAUAUCAACGAACAGAUAGUAUGUCUUCAACAGGAAGCAUAGAUUCUGUUGGAAGCUUUGAUAAACCUACUGUAAUUCCCACAGAAAAAUCUGAAAAAUCUUCUUUAGUUGAACGGCAAAGAUUUCGUUUUGAAAAUCGAAUAGAAGAUGAAAAUCGGAAAAAUCACCAGCUUUCACGGAUGCACUCUAGAGAAGAGCCCAAGAUAAAACAAGAAGAAGUGAAAACUCCAAAUCAGCUAAUAAAACAAAAUAGCCACACUGAUGUUCCUCAAGAGAAGCAUGGGUCUACUCCUUAUACAAGGAAUGAUACUAAUAAGAAGUCAUGGAUGCUUUCAAUGAUGUAUGGGAAGAGCCAGGAGGAAGACAACAAACCAGUGACUCCCGACACUUCUCCCACUAGUCCUACCAAUCAGGUGGUUCGUCCUCCAACUUUAGUGAAGCAAGAAGAAGGACCUUCAAGGCCACAGAUUAUUAAAGAAGGGAGUGUACAUGAUAUGCAAGAAAAAUUUAAAGAAAGGCAAGAUACAAAUCUUCGCCUUCCUGCAUCUGAGAAUCGUUCUAGACUUGGUGAUACAAGUGGUAUCAUAAGUAGAGCAAAAGAAGGACUUGCUGCCAGUACUCGCUUAGAAAAUCGACUUAUUCCUUUAACUCCUCAGAAAAGUAACUCUUCAAUUCCUGAGCUUCGAAAAUCUGAAAGUGGAUUACAGUGGGAUCAGUUAGUUAAGACAAUCAGCAGACCACUUUUAAUCAACGAUUUAGACUUUACAGAUCUAAAAGAUGAAGAUGAAGUUGACAUUUUAAAGACUACAGUACCACUUAAUGGUGGACCUCCUCUUCUUCCCCUUCCUGGAGGUGGUUCUGAACCUCCCCCUCCACCACCUAUAGGUAUGGCUCCUUCUUUACCACCUGGCUGUGGUCCUCCACCACCACCUCCACCACUUGGAAUACCACCUCCUCCUCCUCCUUGUCUUUCACAACCACCUUCUUUUAUGGGGAGCUCUAGAUAUGGUUCUCAGGCUCCUGCACCACCUCUGUGGUCUAGACAGGCACAACAACAAAGGCAACAAAAUCAGAAACAAGAACAACAAAAAACAAUUCCAAAGAAUAAAAAAACUGUAAAGCUUUUCUGGAAAGAAGUAAAAUCUGAUCCAAUUCUAGUGAGCAAACUCUCAAAUAAAAAGACAAUAUGGGAUGAAAUAAAACCUACAACAGUAGAUACACAGAAACUGGAACACCUUUUCGAAAGCAGAGCUAAAGAAAUAGUGAAUUGGAAAAACCAAGAGGGUAAGAAAAAUGAGAUUGUGAUAUUAGAUCCCAAAAGAUCAAAUGCUAUCAAUAUUGGAAUGACCAAAUUACCUCCACCAAGGACAAUCAAGACAGCAAUUUUGAAGAUGGACAGCACUAUUAUGAACAGGGAAGGAAUAGAGAAAAUCCUUUCAACAAUGAUGCCAACAGAAGAUGAGAAAAAUAAAAUAGUAGAAGCACAAAUGAAUAACCCAGAUGUUCCACUUGGAAGUGCUGAGCAGUUUCUUCUUACUCUUUCUUCUAUUAGUGAAUUAGAAGCAAGACUUAGGUUAUGGGCUUUUAGGCUUGAUUAUGAUACUGCAGAAAGGGAAGUUGCAGAACCACUAAUGGACUUGAAGCAGGCAGUAGUGGAGAUAGAAACUAACCAAACAUUUAGAAUAAUAUUAUCAACACUCCUUUCCAUUGGAAACUUUCUUAAUGGUGUUGAAGUAAAAGGUUUCCAAGUUGAUUAUUUAGCUAAAAUUCCAGAAGUCAAAGACACUGUGCAUAAACAAUCUCUACUACAUCACCUGUGUCACAUGGUUAUGGAAAAGUAUCCUAAGUCAACUGACCUCUAUUCUGAAAUGGGUUCAGUUUCUAGGACAUCAAAGGUUGAUUACAGUGAUGUAGCAAGAAAUCUUAAAAAAUUAGAGUCUGAAGGCAAGGCAUCUUGGGAUCAUUUAAAAGCUGUUGCCAAACAUGAUGGCUCUACACCAAUGAGAGACAAAAUGUCAGAGUUUUUGACAGACUGUGCAGAAAGAAUUACAAUUCUUGGUAUCAUUCAGAGGAGAGUUAUGAAUAGGUUUCAUCGCUUGAUGAUAUACCUAGGAUGCCCUAUACAUGUCGUACAGGAUACUAAAGUUCAAGAUGUGUGUAAGAUUAUUAGUGAAUUUGCCCUGGAGUACAGAACGACAAGAGAAAGAGUUUUACAGCAGAUUGAGAAGAAAGUCAAUCACAGAGAGAGAAACAAGACACGUGGCAAGAUGAUCACAGAUAUGGGAAAGUUUAAAACUAAAGAGCAACAGGCUGAUCAAGAACUCCGUCAGUUGCUUGGCAAUGGCACUAACAGCGAAGAUCAGAAGUUCCAGAAAUGGGGAACAAUACCUAGUGUUAGGGGACGACCGAAAGGUAAUCCUGGAACAGGUGGAAGCUUAGGGCGACAUAACACUCCCUCAUGUGAUGAAAAUUUGACAGAUACCAAUGAUGAGAUUAUUGAAAGUCUGGUCAAAACUGCUACCACCCAGCCUGCCCGUAAUGAACCACGAGCUAGGAAGAAAGCAAGAUAUGGGGACAGGAAAUCCUUAAGAAGGACCUUAAAGAGUGGACUAGAUUUGUCAGAGGAAGACAGAAGGAUGUUGGUUGCUACAUAAAAAUGAAAAAUUACAUCUCUUUACAAGAUGUAGCUGCUGCCAAAGUGGAUAAGAUUGUAAAAAUCUUUAUAAGCUGUACAUUUAUAUGGAUGCAGAUCGACAAGAAGAGAACAUUAAGUGAUCUUCACAAUGAUGAAUUCAUUCUUUUCUAUGUUUUUACACAAUGUGAUUCAAGUGAGAUUUGUACCUGUUUUUGCUGCUAUUUAAAAAGUCUUCAGCUGGUCCUGAAAUUUGGAAAUGAAACAGUCACUAAUUUGAAUACACAAAAAUAAUCUUUGAGAAGACUGUAGAAGUACAGACCUGAAAUGCCGCACUUUUGCAAUUUCCUAUCAAUUUUUUUCCCAAAAAAGUUUAAAGAUUUAUGAAACAGUAAGUACAUUUUGAAAAACUUAUCACAAAUAAACAAUAUGAAAUAUGGCAUGAAGCCAUUCAAAAGCUAUAUGCUGUACAAGAUCAAUGAAAUAUAUUAUAUAAAUUAUCAAGAGUAUUUUUGAAUUUUCUACUGCAAAUGUCAUCUUGGAACAAAAAGUUCCAUACUUUAAUGCUAUAUUUGGGAUGCUUAUCUUUGUGUUAAAUGAUGUGUUAUUUGCUAUUACUUUAGAGUUACAAAACUAAUACAAAAAUAUUCUUCCCUUGUCAAUCUGUGUAUUUUAUAUCAGUUUCUUUUAACUCAGCAAAAUAAUCAAACUGUUAUGUGUAGUGAAAUUAGUAAAAUGAACAAUGAAAUUCUAAAUUUUCCCAUUUUUUUUAAGUUGCAUUAAAUCAGUAGAUUCUUGCUUUUUGCUGGUAUUCAGUGUUAAAUAAGGAGUGAUGUUGAAUCUCAAACAUUACUGGUUUUAUCUUUUUCAGAAUCAUAGAAAGGUUCUAUGAUCACACAUACUUUGAGAUUUAAAGCAUCCAUAAAAUUAGUGUCAAUUUCCACUCUCUUAUUCAGAAUAUAAAGACGUUUCUUCAAAACUACUCAUAGUUAAUUUUGCCCCAUUAGAAAUUACUAUUAAUUUUUCAUCUUGUCUCAUACAUCCCCAUUAUAUUGUCCUUCCAAUAUUUCAGCUCAAUUGACUGAUACAAUGUUUGCAUUUUUAGUUUUGUAUAUCUUAGUGUGUGUUCUUCAUGUAUAGUGCUCUCGAAGCAGUGUCUCAGCAUUAAGUUAGGGCAUCAAUUGAUGAUUCGGAUUAAAUUUACUUCACACUCUCAGUUUGUAAUUAUUUAUAUUACAUUUUCAGUCCUUCCUAAUGUGUUAUACCACAAUUUUCUUAAUUUUUGAGUUUGAGUAAGAGGACAUACUCAAUAUGUUAGAGCUUUUUUCUUUUAUGCCAUAUAUUUGUAUUUUUCUCACUUGAGGAAAAUUUAUCUUAAUAGGGCAGCAUAUCUGAUAUGUAAAAUAUUUAUCUCUUAACAAUGAAAUGGACUAAUGGCUUCUUGUAUCCUUUUUUUAUAUGUCUUCUGCCCUUUCACGUUAGAAGACUUAUUGUAGACACUUUACACAGAAAAUACUUUGAUAUUGACGAUGUUUCUAGAAAUGAAACAGUAAUGCCAACAUGAAGAAGUGGGUACAUAUCAAACUCAAAUGACAGUAUAUGGUGUGGUUGACAGUUCAGUUCAUUAAUGAUUAUAUUAUUACCUGUACAAAUAAAUAAGGAACAUAGAUAAUCCAUGUGGAAAAGAGCUUUUCAGUUGAAAUUACAAAUUAGAAUUACCUUAGAAAUAGCUAAUAAAUUGUUUUAUUUGUUUUUCACUGUUGCUUACAUUUUGUGUGUGGUAGCUCAAUCCUUGAAAACUGAAUGGGCAGCUUUAUAUGUCUUACUGUGAUUACAUGAGUGAUGUGAUUAAAUUAGGUGAGAAAUGCUUUCCUGUGUUGCUGUGUUUUUUAUGUUGUAAAUAAUAAACUUUGUUUUUGUUAUUUAGGUUGAAUCUAAGUGGAAGUUGUUGACUUAUGUGAAAUAUAUUGUUUGUUUUUUGCUGAAA